GAGCAGGACCCCGCCAGUACUGGACGAUUAUGUCUUCGAAGCAUGCUUGUGCACCCGAUUAAGUGGGAAGACCCGGCUGAGAGAGAGGAUUAAGCAUACCUAGGACUUCUGUGCACCACAAAACGUAUAGAAGGCAUGAAUUCAUAUAGGAGGUUCGAAUUGGCAACGGUUAUAGAAUCGGGAUAAAGGUAGACGAACUUCAGGUUCACACGCAACACAACACCACCCCAUCAUCAUCAUCAUCAUCGACAUGGUCCCUAUCAUUUCCGAAUCAGAUACCGCAGGCCUAGCACAUAAGGCUGCAUUCAUCCGAAGGCGUUCGGCUUUUGUCAUUUGUUUCGCGUUUUGGUUUUUCCCAUUUCACAUUUGGGUUUUAACUGGUCUGGUGUACGGGACUCUUCUGCUUUGUAUUUUUUUGCAUCCUGCCACGGGAUGGUGGGCUUGGUUGGUUUUGCAAAGCGCGGCCAAAAAAACAUUAUAUCCUAAUCGCAAAUGGGGUACUCGAGCAAUUGGCCUAGGUUAGGUAUACAGCCAAUUCUCGGCACGAUUGAGGAGGACGGGACACUUAAUUGCCAAAACGGUAUAGGCAAGGACGGACAGCCAUGUGUGGAUC